AAUUAUUUGAGUUUUCAUCUACAAUAUGUUGGCACUCUUUUAAUUAUUAUAAUAUUAUGUAAAAAAAAUUGGUUCCAAACUUAAUAUAUAAUUUAUAAAAAAAUAUUGACAAAGACAAUAUACAUAUAUUAUAAGUUGGCUACAAAACAGUCCACCCACCUACCUGGCUAAAAGGAAGAUGUUUAGGUCCUCAAAAAACGCUAUUUUCCUCUUUCUCAAAGGAAUAAACACAAACACAUACAAGACCCAAAACCUCCGGCCUAUCGUCCGCUACCUCCAGACCUUUCAGGCCGCCAUUUCCGCCAGCGACCGCAUCGAUGGGAAUCAAAGUGGGAGUAAAACCUCCAAAGACGAUUACUUUGCAGCAAUCCACCACAUCUCGAACAUCGUGCAGCGUGACUUCUACAUGGAGCGAACUCUCAACAAGAUGCGAAUCUCCAUCGACUCUGAGCUCGUCUACCGGGUCCUCCGGGCCUGUUCCAAGUCCGGGACCGAGUCCCUCCGUUUCUUCAACUGGGCUCGGACCCACCACCCCUCUUACCGACCCACCACCGUCGAACUGGAGGAGCUGGCGCGGACCCUCGCCCGGACGAAAAAGUACGAAUCAAUGUGGAAAAUCCUCCAACAGAUGCAGACCCUUCACGGCUUAUUCGUCUCUUCCGAUACCCUAUGCUUCAUAAUCGAGGAAUACGGCAAACAGGGCCUCGUCGACCAGGCCGUCGAGGUCUUUAACCGGGCCUCGAAGAUUUUCCGAUGUCAACAGACCGUCGAGCUCCAUAACUCCCUUCUCUUCUCGCUCUGCGAAGUGAAGCUCUUUCAUGGCGCUUACGCAUUAGUACGAAGGAUGAUAAGAAAAGGGUUGGUCCCCGAUAAGCGGACAUACACGAUUCUGGUCAACGCGUGGUGCUCGGCUGGGAAGAUGAGAGAGGCCGAAUUGUUCUUGAAGGAGAUGAGUGAGAAAGGGUUCAAUCCGCCAGUGCGAGGCCGGGAUCUUCUAGUCGAAGGGCUAUUGAAUGCUGGGUACAUCGAGUCCGCGAAAGAAAUGGUGAAAAAAAUGGUGAAGCAAGGCUUUUCGCCAGACGUUUCUACGUUCAAUUCUGUUGUGGAAGUCAUUUCGAAAGCUGGGGAAGUCGAGUUCUGCAUUGAGCUUUACCACGACGUAUGCACACUCGGGCUUUGUCCAGAUAUCAAUACUUACAAGGUGUUGAUUCCGGCGGUUUCGAAGUUGGGUAGAAUCGACGAGGCUUUUAGGCUUCUGCAUAAUUCGAUUGAAGAUGGGCACAAGCCAUUUCCAAGCUUGUAUGCGCCCAUAAUCAAGGGAAUGUGUAGGAGUGGACAGUUCGAUGAUGCGCAUUGCUUCUUUAGUGAGAUGAAGGUUAAAGGGCACCCGCCCAAUCGGCCGGUUUACACCAUGUUGAUAACGAUGUUCGGCCGCGGUGGCCGGUUCAUCGAGGCUGCUAAUUUCUUGGUGGAGAUGACAGAGUUGGGUUUGACUCCGAUUUCCCGGUGCUUUGAUUUGGUCACUGAUGGGUUGAAGAAUUGUGGGAAGCAUGAUUUGGCUACAAGGAUUGAGCAGUUGGAAGUUUCUGCCCGUGGCACAUGAUAAUGCAAUGACGUUAAUCGGAAGUUUUAGCCUUUGUUUCCCUGUUGUAGUAAUCGUUGAAAAGAUCAAAGAGAGCUUGGUGUCCACAAUUGACAUGAUGACCGGUGAAAAUUCAAUUGUGAAUAGUAUUUUUGGUGUCAAUGCGUUUUAGAAAACUUGGUGGCUCGUGUAAAGAUGUGCCAUACAACAGAAGCGUCCCAAAUUUGGAGUUGGGCUUUUAGGUAGUUUGUCGUGUAUGGUAAGGUAAUAACACGAUUUUUCGAUGAAUUAUUUAGUUCGGAUGCCAAUUUUAAGGUUUAUACAAGUUUUGCGCGACCAUUACAGGCCAAGAGUGAUACAAAUCUUGUACAGUCGAAUGUUCCCAAGUCCAAUGUAUUAUGCUAUUAUUACGUUUUGCAGGACUAAGAAAAAGGAGAAUGAAUAGAUGAGUGAUUAACAAGAACUACAAAGAUCAGAGAACAGCUACGGUGACAUUCAUUGAGACCAUGAAUGCCCUGAGUUAUAGCACAAGGCUACAAAAUGAUCAUGUCAUGUCUUGAAAAGACAAUGUUGUCCUCGAGAUAAUCUUACCAAGGCAUGUGACAGAUGAACAAAAACAGAGAAGCAUUAAGGGCCAAGAAGCUGGCCCCAGAAUUACACACAUAGCGAGUAUUAAUCUAGAAGAAUCACGCAAAAGCAAAUUUUUCUUUUACUCAUCUUAUCAAUUUUCAAAGCUUUUCAACAUAAUUUUUUUU